UUCGGGGACCGUUUUUUUUCUCUCUCUUCAUCUCUCUCUCUCUCCCCAAACAAACGCAGACAAGCACUGAACUGAGGUGGAUGAUUAUUGUUUUCUGAGCUGUGUUCGUAGACGAUUAUUAGUUUUUGAGCAGUGCGAAUUCAAGUGAAAACGAAAAUUUGGUUUAGAAUCUGCAAAUGAGUGUCGAACCGAUUGGGCAGAGUUUGAUCAUUUAAUUUGCCGGAGAAGAUCGUCGAGCUGAGAUCGCAUUUCACCUCAUCCUGGAUCUGGCGACUGGCAGUGCAUACCGUUCUAUAGGUUGCAUAUCAUGAUAUGGAGAAAACAUUCUGGAGAAUAUUGCCAACGUGAGAGAACUGGCUUAUGCCGAUUAUUUUGUUUUUUAAGUGAAUAUGGAAAGUGAUCAGAAUCAUCAGAUUACAAAUACUCCUUCAGAAGGUUCUGGAGAUGGUCUACAAAGAGUUCAACCUUUGCAAGGGAGAAGAAGUGGUCCGACAAGACGUUCGACAAAAGGGCAAUGGACACCAGAAGAGGAUGAAAUUUUACGGAUGGCUGUUCAACGCUUCAAAGGAAAAAACUGGAGAAAGAUAGCCGAGUGUUUCAAGGAUCGAGCAGAUGUACAGUGCUUACACAGAUGGCAAAAAGUUCUGAAUCCAGAACUUGUCAAAGGUCCAUGGUCAAAAGAGGAGGAUGAAGUAAUAGUUGAAUUGGUGAACAAAUAUGGUCCAAAAAAGUGGUCUACCAUUGCACAGCAUCUUCCUGGGCGUAUUGGAAAGCAAUGUCGGGAACGGUGGCACAAUCAUCUUAAUCCUAAUAUAAACAAAGAAGCUUGGACACAAGAGGAGGAACUAGCUUUGAUUCGUGCCCAUCAAAUUUAUGGAAAUAAGUGGGCAGAGUUGACAAAGUUCUUGCCAGGAAGAACCGAUAAUGCGAUUAAAAAUCAUUGGAAUUCUUCUGUCAAGAAGAAAGUGGAUAUGUAUGUGGCAUCAGGGUUACUUUCAAAAUACCAAGGCACACCACUUGUUAUCCAGUCAAAUCAAUCAGCACUUUCAUCCUCUUCAAAGGCACAACAAAGCAGUGGAGAGGAUAAAGAUGGAGCAGAAGUGGAGGGAGCUUCCGCAUGCAGUCAAGCUUCAGUUUUUCCCAGCACUUCUCAACCUGUAAACAACACAAUCAACCGAACCACUCAUCACGAUGAGGAUCACCAAACAACUGACGAUUAUCCUCCUGAGUUUCGAGAAGUAACAUAUGCCACACUAGAAGCACAGUGUGAAAUGGGUGCUAAGUUAACUCAGCAGGAUACAUCUCUAGAUUGGAGGACCUUUUCCGGGGAAGUUUGGCAAGCAAAUACCAAUGAUCCUGACAUGUCUAUGCUGGAUCUUGGGCAUGAAACAUGUGGAAUAUUCAUGCAAUCUUUAAAAGAGAGUGAGAAUCAUGAUGCAAUAAACUUUCCAACAGAGACUUACAUGCAUCUGGAUGGUUCCAUUUCCAUGGUAAACAUGGGUGUGGUUUCUGACACCCCUAAUCCAGUAACAAAUGCAGACUGCAAUAUGGUAUAUCCUGAAAUGGGCCAUGGUGGACAUCUCUCUGUAAAUGAUAUUUCCAAUGUUCAUGAAUCAGAAAACUCAUUAGUCCAUGAUUAUUCAAGUAUGCAGGGAGCUUUGUCUACUCAACCUGACCUUGUUCCUGUCCAUGAUUAUUCAAGCAUGCAGGGAGCUUUGUCUACUCAACCUGACCUUGUUCCUGUCAAUGAUUAUUCAAGUAUGCAGGGAGCUUUGUCUACUCAACCUGACCUUGUUCCUGUCAAUGAUUAUUCUAGUAUGCAGGGAGCUUUGUCUACUCAACCUGACCUUGUUCCUGUCCAUGAUUAUUCAAGUAUGCAGGGGGCUUUGUCUACUCAACCUGACCAUGUUCCUACUCAACUUCCACCUGAUGAUGCUCCAGUCUUAUUAAGAACGUAUACAGAUCAGUUUGACUAUUCUACACAUGUGGAUGAUGAGCCUGCGCUUAUUUCCCCACGGACACUGGACAAUUUUUUCUGUGCUAAUGAAUCUAAUUGUUCUCCACAUGAGGAUAAUUUUGAUGAGGCCAAGAGAUCACCAAAACUAGUUCCUGCCAAUGAUUUUGUACUGCAACCAGUGAAUGCUGAUUCACCAUGCGGUUCUCCCAAGGACAAAAAAUCAGUUGAACAGCAGGAUUCAGGAGCUUUAUUCUAUGAGCCUCCUCGUUUUCCAAGCUUGGAUAUUCCAUUUUUCAGCUGUGAUCUUAUACAGUCUUGUAGCGACAUGCAUCAGGAGUACAGUCCGCUGGGAAUCCGCCAGCUGAUGUUAUCCUCCAUGACGCCGUUAAAACUUUGGGAUUCACCGUCUAGAGAUGCUAGUCCUGUAGCUUCUCUAAAAAGUGCUGCCAAAAGUUUUACAAGCACGCCAUCAAUACUGAGGAAAAGACCCCGCGACUUGUUGUCCCCUUUGUCAGAAAAGAGAUACGAGAAGAAACUUGCAUGUUCUAAGCCUGAAUCAGUUUCAAAUAUGGCUAAUGAAAUAUCUUGUUUGGAGGUUAUGUUUAACGAAUGUAUGGAAGACCAGAGAGGUUUGAACCAGCAAGGAGACUUUAUAGAAAAAGGAAACACCACCCAUGCUUGUGAAGAGGCAAAUAAUGAGGAUAAUCAAAGUUAUCUCAUUGCAGGGAGCAGAAACUUGCAGAAAGAUAAUAUUGUCAGUGAAUGUUCAGGAAAGCAAACGGAACAAGCUGCUGUGGAAGAAGUCCAAACUAACGUCAUUGAUAAAGAUGUAAUGGAUAAGGCAAAAGAGUUGUCUGGGAUCCUUGUUGAGCAUGACAUGAAUGACAUGUUAUUCUUUUCUCCUGACCGCUUUGGAACUAAGAGUGACAGAACAAAUCGUCCGAGUGCCAUAGCUCUUGGAAAUCAAUAUACUAGGAGAAUACAAACAAUAUCUAAGCCUGGACGUGUAUUAUCGUCAGCUGAGAAAGACAACACUGCUCCUCAGUCCUUGAGUCCUACAGAGAAGAAAGCUGAAAGUUCUGGAAUGUAUGUGGGAACACCAUUUAAGUGGAGCAUGGAAUGUCCUUCACCUUGGUUUGGUAACACUAUCUUACCGGGACCCAGAGUCGAUACUGAUAUAACUAUUGAGGAUAUUGGUUACUUGAGCCCAAGGAAUCGAAGUUACGAUGCCAUUGGAUUAAUGAAGCAACUGGGCGAGCAGACUGCUGGUGCAUUAUCUGAUGCCCAGAAGGUGUUGGGCGACGAAACUCCAGAGUCAUUACUCAAGGGAAAAUGCUGCGCAAAAGAGCAACGAGAGAAGGAGAACGAACACACUCGGGCAGAACAUCAUUCCCUUUCAGCUUCAAAUUUGAUGGCAGAGAGGCGCGCACUUGAUUUUAGCGAAUGUGAAACACCAGGAAAGGAAACUAGGAAAUUUUUAAGCAGCAGUGGUGGUGGUGCAACUCCGUCUUCUUAUCUAUUGAAGAGUUGCAGGUAGGUAGACGACAUUCGUGACCUCACUGCUGCAAGUGUGCUAGUACUAGUUCCGAACCUGUGAUUUUGGUGUCAUUUAUUGUCCAAAUUCAUUUAUUCUACCAUCCCAGAAAAUACAUAUUCACACAUCUCUUCAGGUGUGUCAAUGAAUUCGUUUUGGUUCC